GAUUUAUUGGCCUUAGGAAGGCUGGCAGGACGAGGCCUGCUCUCCGCCAGGUUGAAGCAACAGGCUGCGAGAGAGCUGAUUCCUCGCCUUUUGCCAGGGUUAUAAAUAACAGCGAUUUGAGGAGAAAGCACGCCUCUAAAAAACGCCGCUUUCGAACGCUGCUCCUAAACAUGCUGGGAGGUGCUCUGGGAUGGGACCUCCUCGCCCGCCGAGCCGGGCUGCGAGCUCCUCCGGGCUGGCAGAGCUCGGAAAGCAGCACCCCAAGGGAGUUAAGGACUCCAUCUGGGGCAUAUGCACCAUCUCCAAGCUGGACGCUCGCAUCCAGCAGAAAAGGGAAGAGCAGCGGCGGAGGAGAGCGAACAGCGCGUUCGCCCAGCGGAGGUUUCAGGCGGACGAGAAGAAGUACGAGAAUGAACCCCGGAUAGUGAGCCGGAUAUUUCAGUGCUGCGCGUGGAAUGGAGGCGUGUUCUGGCUUAGCCUCUUCUUGUUUUACCGAGUAUUUAUACCUGUACUUCAGUCGGUCACGGCACAAAUCAUCGGCGACCCUUCCUUGCACGGCGACGUCUGGUCUUGGCUGGAGUUCAUCCUCACCUCCAUUUUCAGUGCCCUCUGGGUCCUGCCCCUGUUUGUGCUCAGUAAGGUGGUCAAUGCCAUCUGGUUUCAGGACAUUGCAGAUCUAGCGUUCGAAGUGUCCGGCAGAAAGCCUCAUCCCUUUCCCAGCGUCAGUAAAAUCAUUGCUGACAUGUUGUUUAACCUCUUGCUGCAGGCGCUCUUCCUCAUCCAGGGGAUGAUAGUGAGUCUCUUCCCCAUCGAUAUCAUCGGCCAGCUCAUCAGCCUCCUUCACAUGGCGCUGCUCUAUUCUCUGUACUGCUUUGAAUACCGCUGGUUUAACAAAGGAAUUGAAAUGCACCAGCGGUUGUCCAACAUCGAGAGAAACUGGCCCUAUUACUUCGGAUUUGGCUUACCCUUGGCUUUUCUCACCGCGAUGCAGUCCUCUUACAUCAUCAGCUGCUGCCUCUUUUCCAUCCUUUUCCCUCUGUUCAUCAUCAGCGCCAACGAAGCCAGGACCCCUGGCAAAGCCUAGUGAGUAUUGCCCUGGGGGGGCGGAUGCGAAGCC